AUGGCCCUUCUGGAAAAGCUCACUCCGGGUUCGGGGUCCUUCGAUAACCGGGAGAAGAUCCAAAACCAAGCUGUCAGUCAGACCUUCCAUUCCGCAGUGAAUUUUGUGAAUCAUCAAUACGCAAAAGGAUGCGAGCAUAUUGAUGAAUCGACCACGGUUUGCGAUAAUGAUAUUCUCAAAUCAUUGGCAUUCUCUCAGAUGCUUGAUAGACGGUGCAGUAUAAGAAAGCCUCACACAUCUACCUGCAACUGGAUUCUGGAGACAGACGCGUACAAGCACUGGUUGCAACAAUCAACUGGUAUAUUUUGGCUGAAGGGAAAGCCGGGAGCCGGAAAAUCGACCAUAAUGCGGUUUUUGUACAACCGGCUGAGAGGAGAAUGCAGACGCAGCCCAGAGAAAGGUAUUGCGUUGGAAUUCUUUUUCUGUGCUCGAGGGGGUGAAUUACAAAGGAUACCCCUCGGGAUGCUGCGAGCACUAUUAAAUCAACUUUUCCGUCAAGAUCCAACAGCACGACAAUGUAUUAGAGAGCAGUAUGAAGAAAAGUCUAGCGCAUUUGGGUAUGGUGAGCGUACCUGGACAUGGCAACCUCAGGAGCUUGAAGUAUUACUGCAGGAUGCUAUUGUUACAGCAGCUCAGACGCAGCCAGUCACCAUCUUUAUUGAUGCACUAGAUGAGGCAGGAGCACAAUUCCUCUCGGGACUUGCAAAUUAUAUCAAUCAACUCACGACAGCUGCAAAAAUAUGCAUCUCAUGUCGGCACUACCCUACCCCUCCCUAUAUUCCAGGCGUCGAAGUGAGGGUAGAAAACCAUAACAGCGGUGAUAUAGCUACUUUCGUCAACGACCGUCUUAAAAUUGGGUACUUGACCGAAGCCGAUUCACCCGACAGCAUGAUUUGGGAAGAUCUGAAAGCGGAUUUGACGAAACUGGCUGCCGGAAAUUUCCAAUGGACAGACCUCAUCGUGCCCCUGGUAGGAACAAAGAUUGCCGAAGGAGAAUCACCGGAGGAAGUUCGCCGAUGCCUGCAGAUCGUACCUGACAAGUUAGGUGAUACCUAUCGGCGUAUCUUGCAAAAUGUCAUCAGACAAGAGGAUUAUAGCCAGACUUUCCUCUUGUUUCAAUGGCUUUGUUUGGCACAACGGCCACUCUCGGUAACGGAGAUGCGAUACGCUUUAGCUGCGAAAGAUAUGGUAAAAUCACCACAUCGGAUUCGAUGCCAUGAGACGGCGAGCUUUGUAAAAUCAGACGAACGCAUGAAGCGGCGAGUGAACGCUGUGUCCGGUGGUCUGGCCGAGGUAGUACAGCUGCUAGAUGGUGACAAGGAAAGGCAGAUUGUACAGUUUAUUCACCCAUCAGUCAACCACUUUCUGCUCACGGAAGGGUUGAACCUGUUGUCCAAACUGGCGGGCGAUGGAAAAGAGUUAUUAGCGCAUCAAACGUCAGCAACUGAAUUUACUUCCAACGACACUGUCCAGCGAUGCCAUUCAAAUCUUUACCGGUGCUGCUUGAACUAUCUUCUCAGUGAAGAAACGCCAAUACGAACGGAGCUUGGCCAGGUUCCAGGUGGAAGCGAACUCGAUGUGCGUUGCAAAAGUUCACCGUGGCAUGAAUAUGCUACUAGGUUUCUGUUCAAGCAUGCGGAAGAGGCAGCGAAGUAUAGGGUCGAAGAACUAGAUCAGGGAAUAUGGUUGUGA